CUCUACUAUUCUGGGAUUUCGCCUGACAAUUCCAUCUCUCUGUGCAAAUGGGCCAUGGCUACCUAAAACCAUGUACAGACGUACCAAAUUCUACGUCGCGACCGACCGACUGACUUCUCGCUUUGUUUCACUGUCAUAAGACCAAUAACGCCACUCAGUAGUGAUGAUCAAUUUUAGAGGCUCUUGCACGGGGCACAGCGAUAUCGUAUGUGCACCGGAAUUAACACCUCUACCUACAAUCAUACCACAAACACACAACUAUCCAUUCACGACAACAGGACACAGUCGCGCACAAAAUACCACACGAAACAUAUAUUCAGGCAUGCACGCACAUAUCAAUACACAUACAUAUAUAUAUACAUGUGGUUGUGCCUGUAGCUGUGUAAAUAUUUCACCAAAUUCACAUCUAGAUCCAUCUAUUUGCUCAACAACCCAAACACAUAGACGUCAUUCUCAUAUUAACUUCUUUCACAUUCAUUCAUUCAUUCAGUCAGUCAGUCAGUCAACAACGUAGAACUCCGUACGUACGUACAUCAGUUCGACUUGUUAUACCACAUUAGCACAGAGAUACAAUUGUCGAUUGUACUCCCAUAGUCGUAGAGGUAGUAAAAGUAGAAGCAGUAAUCAGAUAUAUUAGGGUUUCAAGAUGUUAUUCAAGGAGUAUAAUCGAGUGAAAUAAAUUGGGAAAGAGAAGAAAAGGAACAUGAAGAAUUCAGAAGAUUGGAAUUUGGGAGAACACAAAGACUGGACGCACUUGAGCCAUUGCAAACGAUUUCGAGCCAUGUCAUUCACAGUCUCUAACCAUCGGUUGCUAUCGUCUCG